UCAGACUGUAGAGGAAGCGCACCUGGCUCAAAUGUUGCAGUUUGUACAAACUUAUAUCAAUGUACUCCAAAGCAAUCAUGAAGCCAUGGGACAAAUUCACCAAGAUUUACUAAAUCAGUACUCCCAAUUUUCUAUUGAGAGACUUCUUGAUCAGUUUGCUCUUUCCAAGCACACAGGUCUUGAAAAGCCAAAUCCCAUGCUGUUUGAAGAUGCUGGUUCCUUGGGGUCAGCUGUGUCCGGGCAACAGUCUCCGGAACCUGAACAAUCAAAAUCAUCCCUUGAAGAUGGUGGAGGUGGAGGUGGCGGUGGGAGUUCUAGCGGGGGUGGAGUUCUCACUGGAGGUAAUGUGCCUGUCAAGCCAUUAAGGAAAGAAGGGGCUUCUAAAAAAAUGUUUUUACUUGAUCGGGCAUCAGUGUUUGCUAUUCCAAGGGGGAUAAGGUCUUCCCCCUCGACUACCACAGUAAGUAGUGGUAAUCAAGGGGGACUUGGGGGUAACAGCAGGUGUGGGGUCACUGUCAAUUCAGUAAGUACUACCACAAACACCACAUCCACCAUUACCACUGUAACUUCUACCACCGUUACAAGCACGCCUACUCAGGACCACAAAGUUUCACCGGAGUACAAAAUUUCUGCCUCAUUGUAUUCCGGUACAGCCCGAGGCAGCAGUAACAGCAGCAGUUGUGUCACUAGCAACAACAGUAAACCAUCCCGUCGCACUGCUUCUCUGCUCAACUUGUUUGUGGCGUCCACUUCUUUUCCUGGCCGCAGUGAAAGAGAAUGGUCUGCUCCCCCUAGCUGCGUGUCAGAUGGGGGAGCAGAAGACCCAAAUGGGGAUGGGCUUGAACGGGGCUCUGAAAGCCUACCCCAUUCCCCAGCAAAGGUCUCUCCUGCCCGUGUGACCAGUGCCCCCACGAGCCCUUCGGCAGUCGAUGACCCAAGCCUGGCCCGCAGUGUAUUCCGCUCCUCAAAGUUGGCGUUAACGGGAGGGACACCAGUUAUAUCCUUUGGGUUUCUUCGAAGCAGAAGGGACAAGAAGAAAGAGAAAAAAACAAAGAAGAAAAAAGACAAUGAUUCAUCGAGCAAUAAAGAAGAAAAAUCUGAUAAUGAAACCAAUGAUGACUCAGGGACCAAAGUAGCUGAAAUCAUUACCACAUCAAUGACAGCUGUAACAGAUGGGGCAAAUUCAACUGCUCAGACACCUAAUGUUGAUGAAGAGGGUUAUUCAGUAAGGCCUGAAGAAAAUAAGAAAUCUGGAAAUGAUAACAGUUUUGAUAGCUCUUCAGACUCAGAUUCAGAUGGUGAUGUUGACAAGAAAAUUCAUGUGGAAAUAAAGCCAAUAAGUAAUGGUAAUCCACCAAUGUCAGCUAGUGUUGAUGAAUUACGUGCUACCAUUGAGGGGAUGUCUCUCUCCGCAAUGUCUUUUCCCUCUCCUCGUGUGCCUCCACGCCAGAUAAGCUCAGAUGGAAAGAUCAAGAUCAGAUAUCUGACAUUGCAGAAGACGAGGCGAACAUCCACAGAUGCUCAAGAAUCAUUCCCUCCCAUGAAACGUUCGAACAGUAUUACACAACAGCUGAGCGGUGGUAAAAGUAGUUCUGCUGAUUUGUUAGGAUUAAACUUCAACUUCAGUGGUAAUAGUGAGAGUAGCCCAAAAGCUGUCAACAAAAACAUCUCAGGGGACACAUCUCUAACCAGACCUAUGUCACCUGCCACCAAUUCUUUACCAGGACGAUCUUCUCCUGCAUCAUUUUCUUCGGUUACUUCUCCAGUGAUGGCGCCGCCUCCAAGAGCUGACCGUUAUGCAGAGCUCAGUGAUAUAUUGAAUGAAGUUGGAGAUGCUCCACCAGCAUUACCACCUAGAACAGGAAGUUCAUCCAGUCGAGGCUCUACACCUACUCCUACAAUGGCAAUACCAAGACCUCCUUCACGAAAGGCAUUAGAGGGGCCAUCUUCCAGAGGACGUCAGAGCCCAUCUACUGUAUCAGGAUUGUCACAUGCUGACUCUGUUUCUAGUCUGGAAUUCCGAACAUCAGGCAUGGUUGGCACUUCUAGAGGUCCUUCUCCUCUCACGAUAGGAUUGUCAGAUUCAAUUCCACUAGCAGUUGCAUUUCAAGAGUUGUGCCAUGCCUACUUUCGUGGAACAGACGAGUCAAAGUGCCAAGUUAAAGUUACAGGCGAGAUGAUGGUGUCAUUCCCAGCAGGAAUUGUCAAUGUUUUGACAAAUAAUCCAUCACCAGCACAGUUGUCAUUUAAAGUUAACAACUUCUCCAAGGUCUCUAAUGUCCUUCCCAACAAACAAUUGAUUAAUAUGGAUAGUGAUCAGUCAACCCCUGAGUGUGGAGUCUUCCAUUUUAACAUGAAUGCAUUAACAUCAUUACUGAGGAAGCAAGCUGAAAGUAAUCCUUCUGCAUCCUAUUUCAAUGUUGAUAUGAUAAAGUAUCAGGUAUCUUCUUUGAAUGGUGCUCAGUCUUCACCACUACAGUUAGUGACCUAUUGGAAAUGUGAAGAUGGCCAUACAGAUUUGCGGAUUGAUUACAAAUACAACCCUUAUGCUAUUACCACUCCCUGUGCAUUGCUUAAUGUAAACAUCACAGUACCUGUGGAUGGUGUUGUUAAGAAUAUGCAGUCCAAACCUUCUGGCCAGUGGCUCAAGGACCAACAGCGUGCUGUUUGGAAACUGACUGAAUUGUCACAGCAUUCAGCAAGUGCUGGUGUAGGAUCUCUGAGGGCAAAGUUUGAGGUAGCUGCAGGUCCAUCUACACCAGCAACUGUUUCUGCUCAAUUCAAUUGUGAGGGAACUACUAUGUCAGGCUUAGAUUUUGCUCUUGCUGGCACUGGCUAUAGAGUUUCACUUGUUAAAAAGAGAUUUGUUUCAGGUAAAUAUAUAUGUGAUGCAGAUGCUGUAUUAAGACUACGUUAUGGUUCAAUUCCAAGCUAGCCUUAGGCUUCGUAUAGUGUUAAUUUUAAGUUAAGGUUAUGUACAGUAUUGUAUUACUUAAAGCGAGCUAACAUUGUGAGAAGUGUUCGCAGAACCAAAGCAUGUUUUGAAAAAUAUUGCUAUUUAUGAAAAACAAAUUCAUUAUUAUUUGGGAAUCGUUGAUGCUUAAGAAGCCAGAAAUAGAUAUAAAACUUUGGCCUUCUUAUGCUUCGUUUUUAGGCACUUACUUUGGUUAAUGAUUAAAAAAAAGUUGUUCAGGAAGAUUUAAAAUUUGACAGGGAAUAAGAAAAAAUAAAUUGUUCAUAUACAAAACAAACCUUCGGUCUUAACAUGAGAAUUUACUAGCGCCAAGCUGGAAACCGGUAGAAUUAAAAUUAAACUUGUGAGAUCCAGGGACUAUUGGCAUCUAUACCAGGUCACGGGGCAUGUAUUACCCAGAAUGCCCUAGGCGUCCUGUGACCCACCAGUUAUUUUUCUACUGCCUUUAAGAUGCGACAUGUUUACUGUCUAUCUGUUUUAAAGCCAGUUUUAGUUUGCCGGUUUUUUAUCCAUUUCACUUUCAGUUUUCUUGUUAAUUUUCUUUCUCUGAGUGUACUAAGUGUGGGUGUGAUCUGUAGGAGUGUGUACGUGGUAAGACAGAGUUUUUUGCUUCACCAUCGGGAUCUUCUUCCGUUUCGAAGAGAAGACAAAGGAAAUGCCCUGGAGUCAGUGGCUUUCCAUGUUCAAGAUUCCUAACUUCGGUGUUGACGGAUCCUCAUCUAACAUGUAGUAGGUGCAGAGAAAAUGCAUGUACAAUUACUAAUCCUUGUUCAGUUUGUUGCGGUUGGUCGAUGGAACAGUGGAGGAAGUUUUAUGAGAAAGGCCAGUACAAAAGAAAGAGAUGGCGCCAUCUUUGGAUGACCAAGCGUUGCCGGCUUCUUUUGUAUCGGCAAUACACCAGACUGCUCCAUAUGUUUCGCCACCUGCUUUUGAUUUGUCCCAUACCCCUUCGGUUUCUCCUAGCGAUUUGUUAUAGGAAACUCUAGGAGGGGUUUUGGGUUAUUUUAUGCAUAAUAUUUACGCUCCGUUGUUCCGAGCAGGGAGGGGGGGAGCAUUGCCAUCUUUGUUCCAGGUGCCGGCUCCCGACGCACAGAGGAUGGAAGGUACGUGGGCAGCGCUAGGCCUACCAGGCAUACCAACCUUAGAGGGUUUGCUGUUGCAUUAUAUGGCGUCACGAUUCCAGCAGAGUCCAGCAGCGCUGAAUGUUCCUCAACCCCCUGGCUUGCACUUUAUGGGAAAUAAUGCCGCGACUACGCCAACAGCUUCAAUGUUUACACCGAUGCAGAAUGUUGGAGGUAGUUUUGCUGCAAACGCAGGGAUGUCAGCAGCCGCCGCCCAAUCUCUCCUUACAAGAUUGGUGACGUCACAACCGGCGUCACACGCCAACAUGGCAGAUGCGAUGACGUCACAGCCUACUGCUUCUCGAUCUACUUCGCUGCCUCCGGAACCAAAUACGCUUUCUGACUCAGUGGUACACACACAGUAAUGAAGAAAUUACAGGAUCUAGAGCAGAAAAUUGCUAAGAAAGACCAAAAGAAAAGGCGUGAUUUGUCGUCUUCUUCGUCUUCUUCCUCUAGCUUGGCAUCAUCGCUAAGUUCGAUGAUGUCACUGCGUGUACCGGUCAAGCAUUGGAGGAUACGGGAUUUCGUGACUGAUCCUCGGGCCAAGAGGAGAAGAGUGAAUUCUUCUUCAUCUUCGGGCCAGGACUGUCACAUCCCAAUCAGCAGGAAAGUCAAGAAGUCAGUGGCUGGUAAGCUCAAAGCUAGCGGACAAAGCCAUUUACAAGAGUCCGAACGUGCGAGAGCGUCGACGGUCGCUGGGCUAGUGGCCGACGCGGAGUUGCCAGUAGAGACCACAAAGAGUCUAAGAGAGACUACAAUGCCGUUGGUGAAUUCAACGUUGGGGGCGAAAAGUGCAGCAAAGAAUAGAGCACAGAUACCAGUUUCGCCUUUAAGACCGUUUGAAAUACGGAGAAAGGAUGAAAAGGCUCCAAUUAAAAGAACGAAGAAUAGAGAGUUGGCAACCUCGUCUGAUACGUUGGUGGAAGGCGUUGUCCGCCUAAAUGAGGGAUCAAGGCUGAAUUCUCAGACAGUCGUUGGAGACGAUAUCAAUCAUCAUAGAGAGGAAGUUAGCUCGGUUUCGAGAGAGCCUUCAUCUUGGAGGUAUAGGCGAGAUUCUCGCUCUAGAUCGGCAAGCAGAAAAGGAGUGAGGCUGUCUCGUUCUCCAGCUGACUAUUCGGGAUCGAGCCGUCUGCGGCCAUCAGAGAUCAAAGAGGCCGUGUCCGUAGGGGCAGAUGGCCACGAAGCACCUGGACAUUUGUCAGAGGAUAGGAGUGAGAUAGCGUCUCCUGUGGCUGAGUACAGUACGCAAGAACCAGAGGAAGGAGAAAACAAGAGUUUCUGGCUUCAUAUGUGGAGGUAAUUGAUUUGAUUCGUUAAUUCAAUAACCUUUCGGGGAGCAUGGAAACACCUUCCAGUAUGCUUCCUCCAGGGAUUGACAUGGUGUUUGGUUUGAAAAAGGAUACCAAGUUGUCGUAUGAAUUGCCUUGUUCAAGUCAUGCGGAGUCCAUUUUACAACGUAAACGCACAGACUGCGGGAAGGGAUAAUUCCUUAAGAUCAAAUAGAUCGUUCAAGUUUAUCCCUCCUCCAAUGAUGAAACAGGAAAUAUUAUACGACACCAACGGUUCCUUUGCUAUCUAGACAAAUUAACCCAAAUGUGGUAAGGUUAAGGCCUGGAUUAACCUUAGAUCAGGUUAAAAUGGAAUACCCUUCGAUGACUUGCCAAGAGGCUGCUACGUUAGAAGCAACGGCUUCUUCUGUCUUUCAGACUGCUUCUUUGUUGGAUCUUUGGUCAACAGCAGUGGCAAAAAUUGCAUCCUCUGAAGUGGCAUGAAAAGUAGUGGAUGAAUCAAUGUUCAUUAGAUUACUACAAUCAGGUUCCAAAGCAAUUGCGUACUUGACAAAUUUAAGUGCCAAUGUUUGGGCAAAUAUCCUGUUAAUGAGGAGAGAUGCAGCUUUGGCUAGACUAAGUUGCACUGUUGAUUUGGAUCCCUGCUAGUAAUGAGGAAUGGGGAUAUCUUAGAGUCGCAAUUGCUGUUGCCAGAGGCCAUACUGGAAGAGGCUAGAGAUAGAAGAAGGAUGGACACCAAAGAUAGAUUGGUACAGCAGGCAGUUAGAAAAACAUCUAACAGUCAAGCUAACCCUAUGGAGGUAAGGCAGCAGCAAAUACCUCGAAAGAAACCAGUGAGACAUAACAUCCCUAAUAGAGCAACAAGACCCUCUUCCCCAAAGAAGUUAGCUCAUCGGCCCUUUCACAAUAGAAAUAACAGAGGAAGGUGGAUUAGGGGAAGAGGGAGAGGCUCAAGACGAUAGGAUGGGCGCCUCUCAUCUCUCAGCCACACCAGUGGGGGGUUGCCUGGCAAAUCACUGGAAGGUGUGGCAGGAACUGGAAGCAGAGCAGUGGGUGGUGGAUGUUCUCUGGGGUGGGUAUUUGAUUCCUUUCGAAGUAACCCCACCCCUGACAGAACAGCCAUUACCUCACCUCGCUUAUGCUCAGGAACCUCAGGAGGCUUUCAUUCUGCAAGAGGAAGUGAAGAAGAUGAUGGAAAAAGGGCUGUGGAAAAAGUAUCCAUUCCGUCUAAGGGGUUUUACAGCAGGAUUUUCCUUGUCCCCAAAGCCAACGGGGACUGGAGGACAGUAAUAGACCUUUCAACAUUGACUGCUUAUAAGAAAAACCAGAUUCAAAAUGGAAACUCCAAAGACGGUUCUACAAGCAGUCAGGAUCAAGGACUUUAUGCUGACAAUUGACUUGAAGGACGCAUACUUUCAGAUCCCAGUCCAUCAGUCUUCCAGGAAAUUUCUCUGCUUUAGUCUUGCAGAGAAAGUUUUCGAGUUCAAAGUCCUGUGCUUCGGAUUGACAAUGUCUCCUCAAGUUUUUACAAGUGUUCACUUGUGUCGACAUGGGCGCAUGCUCAGGGGAUCAGGCUAAUAAGAUAUCUAGACGAUUGGCUGGUGAUAGCAAAGUCCAGAGAGAAAUUACUUCGGGACAGGGCGACCCUUCUGCAGUUUUGUUACAGCUUAGGUAUUGUGAUAAAUCAGGAGAAGUUGCAGUUGGAUCCAAGUCAACGGAGUCAACGGCUGGUGUAUUAGGGAAUGGUUAUAAACACAAUAAAAGCCAAAGUAUUCCCGACAGACCAGAGAGUAGAGAAUAUGUCUGUGGAGAGAAUUCUGAAAGCUGGUGUUUGGAAACGCUAAACAACUUUCACUUCCUUUUAUUUAAAAGACGUUGCCCAUAGAUCCUUGGACACUUUUUCCUUGGGUCCAGUGGUGGCAGCCCAGCAAGUGGUAUAGCUCAUCCAGUACCCCUGGCAGGUCAGUUUGUGUCUAGUCUAAGAUGAAGAUAUGAAAGUAGAAUGAAUGGGAUGACUGGUCUUUUUUCUUUACUACUUUCUUUCUUCUCCUUUACCUACGGGCAGUAUGAAGGAGAGUACCAUCAUAAGCUGGAACGGACUUGAUGCAGGUGAGGUGGUCAGCCAUACUGUACAAUUAUUUUAUAGUAUAGUAUACUUUUCAGUACCAACACACUCCUCUCAGUAACAGGGAAGAGAGGGGUGAUAGUAGAUCCAGAUACAAGGGACAAGAGUGGUGUAUGAGAAUGGAAGGUUCUCUAUUUUCCAUAGUGUAUAAACCAUGGCAUGGUACCAGCACCCAGUGAGGGAAACCAAUAGAUUCUCUUAUAUCUUUGGUUCAAGGGUUUAUAGUCCAUUCUCUUGGAAUACUCCUAAUAUUCGGAAAUGGAUAAAGGUGGCAAACUCAUUCGGAAGUGUAUAAAGGUGGCAAACUCCCAGUCAGUUAUAGAGACUUACCUCCCUUCAUUAAGUAAGUCUAUCCUAAUGUUAAGACCGAAGGUUUGUUUCGUAUAUGAACAAAUGACAAAUUUGUAACUAAUUUGUAUUUUUCAUAACUAACAAACCUGAGGUCUUAACAGUUAAAGGCCCACCUUGAACCACCCCUCUAGCAGUCUAAACUGGGUUAGAAGUGUAACUGGUUGGUCACGGGAUGCCUAGGGCAUUCUGGGUAAUACAUGCCCUGUGACCUGGCAAAGAUGCCAAUAGUCCCUGGAUCUCACAAGUUUAAUUUUAAUUCUACCGGUUUCCAGCUUGGCGCUAGUAAAUCCUAAUGUUAAGACCUCAGGUUUGUUAGUUAUGAAAAAUACAAAUUAAUUACAAAUUUGUCAUAUUGAAUAUUUAGUUGCAUAAAGCUAAGCUUUGUCUGUGGCAUUAAGCGCGAGAAAGAUCCCAAAUACUGUAUUAUUAAAUGUAUUUGCAUUAUAGAUUAGGAACAUAUCAGCAUCAUCAUAUAGUGGAUUCUGACAACUUAUUAAUUGCAAAGGAAAUGAUAAAUGCAGAGGUAAUUGCAUGCAGAUAGUGGAAUGUGUAUAAAUGAUAAGGAACAAAUUAUUUUGAUAAAGAAAACGUGUAAUACUAUAACCUUUUAUUGUAAGUCUUAUGAGACACUUAUAUUUCAUAUUAUUUCUCAUAUAAUUACUGUUAAUACAAAUGUAAAUGGUUGCAGCUGUAAGUGCCAUAGAAUUCAAGUUUAGACUAUUGUGCAAAUUGUCUCAGAAAACUUGUCAUUUAGAUCCCCCUACUAUGCUGGAAUGUCACCUAUGCAAUCCUAGAAUGGAAAGUUUUUUCAUAUACAUGCAGUAUUCAUCUGGAUGUUAUCAUGAAAUUUUCUUUCUUAUAUGGUAGAAUAAUCUUACUGAGUAUGAUAACACAGCCGUAGAAUCAUAUUAGUAAAAGUAUGAGUUAUGAGGACCUCAAGAAUUUAAUGGGAUAUAUUUAACUGGAUUAUCAUCUUGUUAAAUGUUCAGUGUGGGAGUACCGAUUGAUGUUUCCAAAAGUAGUUAAAAGGUACACAUUGAUGGUUCAGAAGUAAUGGCACUGACUUACAGUUAAGUGUUGCUGUUUAGAAAAUCACAGUUUUAAAAAAACAUCAGAACCUACUUUCUUUUGUGAACUAAUGAGACAAGUUAAUUUAUUAUGGGUGGGAUACUAAUUUCAUAAUUUCUUAUUUGAACUGAAAAUUUCAUAGGGAGUUUGCAGGAUAAUAAUGAGGUAUGUAUACAGCUCAACAUAAUUUCUUUGAACUGGAAAUUCCUAGUCACAUCCAACUCUUCCUUCCUGAACAUUAAAUCAUCUCCGCUGUGCAUACUCACCUUUGUAAGAUCUAUCUACUACACUCACUUUCUGUGUUAAGGAAGAUCAGAGUCCAGUUGUGGGGAAAGGAGAACCUUCAAUCUUGAGAUUGAUGGGAUAGUAUGAAAAAACGUUUUGCGUCAUAAAAAUGUAUGUUGGUUCAUACUACCUCUCAAUACUAUUUAGAGCAUAAAUAUGCAUUUGUCUGGGAGGGCAGAAAAAUCCAGUGCCCUGGCCAUCUCUAGUAAGAUGGAUCAGAGCUGGAGUGAAGGAGAUGAAAAGCUGAAGUCAAGCGUAUUGUAAAAUGCUUAGAAGGCUCUGUAUGUAAAACAUUGAUAAGUAUAUUUUGCCCUUGACUUUCACCAUUUUGAAAAGUUGUAGGAAAAUAUAGGUGAAAAAUCCAGGAAGUUCCAAAACACAAAACUAAAAUUUACUGCUCACCAACCACACCAAGAAUAUAACAUUUCAGCUUAUUAUUUGAGAGCAUCAUUACUACCUGUCUCUGUUGCCAUCGUGUUAAGAGCACCGUUACUGCCUGUCAGUGUUGCCAUCAUCCUUACAACCUGCUAUUAGUCAAGCAUGACGUUGCAACUGCUUCUUACUUAGGUAGGAUUACAAUCACUUUUAUGGAAGAGUAAAUAUAGAGCUCAGUACCACUCAGAUAAAAAUUCAGUUAUUACCACAUUUGCAUCAAAUCUCCAUUGUAGGAGAGUGAGAAAGAAUUUUAAUAGCUCUAUUUAAUUUAUAUUUGUACUGAAGUUAUGGUAAUUCUGUUAAGUUCUAUAUUUGUGGCAAUUCUAGGUUUGUUUUCUGCUUCAAGUCAUUUAACAAAAGCAGUCUAGACAUCUUUUAUAAAAAAAAAUUAUAUUGCUGCUGACAUGAUGGUGGUUAAUACUAAGUGUGUACAGACUUAUUUUUAUUAUUACAGAUGCCUUAUAACAAAAUAAUUUAAUAACAGUUGUGUUUACGUCACUCCACUUUGUUUUAGGUAUUGCAAUUAAUGUAGAGAGGGUUUGUGUACAAAAGAAUUUGCAAAGAUUAUUUUUGCAGGUAUUCAGUGCCAUGAGGUACACUGCCUUCCUAUUGGCAAAACACUCCUAAUUGCUCAUGAGUUACAUCUAAGUAAAGUCUUUAAAGGUUAAAUGGUACUUCCAUGUCCCUGCCUAGAGACUGGCUAAGGUCCAAAUUAUGUUUGAAAGUCAGAGCUUGAAUUUCAUGGGUUUUAGUCUUCAAUCUGGAUCAUCCUUUCUCAGAACUCCCCAAAUAUACUCUGAUAAACAUGAUGCUAGAGAUCUGUUUCUUAAUUUUUUUUAGAUAAAGCCUUACUGCUCAGAUGAGCAAAGUAGUAAUGGCAGAAAAUGGAGCUGUAGUAAAUUCAUUACUUUUGAAUGAAUGUAUUUCAGCCACAAUGUGAAGCAAAUGAAAAACCGAAGACCAAUUCUUGGGGUUCACAGAGCUUACAGACAUCCUUUGAGGAGACUAGAGCUGUAAAAUGAUUAGGAACUGAUUAAAAGCUUGAAGCAGAUCAGAGAUGCCUAUCACCAUCCAAAUCCAUACCUUGCCGAAUGAAGAUGAGAGGAAGCUACUCUAUAUCCCUUUGCCACAGGAAGAUAAAACUUAUUUUGGUGUUGCAGAAAAAUGAAGGAAAAGUUUGCUAUUACUGGAAUAGAGGCAUUGUGCUCAAGUAUAGUUUUUAUUACAGCAGCUAACAAAAAUGGGUCUUUUGCCUUGGUUAAUUUUAGUCACUGACUACGCAGAGGAUAGCAGUUGCUGCUCUUGUGAAUUGGAAACAUUACUCCAAGUCUGCUUUUGACACACUUUCCACACCUAGGUAGAAUGAUCCCAGACAAUUUAGAAAUGGAAGUUGGGUCUGCUUCAAGAGGGUCUUUCACCGGCAUGAAUAUUACUUCUGCAUCAGCAUCCAAUAACUUUUGAUGUUUUAAGUAUGAGACCCAUAAUAAACUGGUUAAGAAGGGAAUUUGUAUUUAGAAAGGAGAGAUUAUACCAACACUUGAGUUGAACAACCCAUGGCUCAGCUCAUAUGUGCUUUCAAAGAGUCCAGUGUCUAUGAGAAUGUACUUUCCAAAGGGAGGAAAGUCCUUAGUUCCACCUAACCUAACUUUAGUACUCGUAGACUGUUGGACCAACUUGCCCCUUUUGUUGCAGCAAUCCUUCCACUUUGAAAAAACACUGGGAACCAUAAGAAGAAUUAAAGGGAGAUUCUAAGUCAGGAAAGAUCUCAGUAAGUUCAACUUUAUUCCCAUUUCAUUCACAGUAGACUCAGGAAAGCUACUGAUCCAAAUUAUUUGUUGUUCUUAAAUCACAUAGGUCUGUUAGAGACAGCAAUCUUGGCAAGUCUUUGAAAGUAGCAUCUCUCUUCUUUAGUAUAUCAUUUCUGGGCUCGGCCGUGUCGCUCUGUGAAAUACGUUCCUUUACUUUCUUCAGUUGGUAUACAGCAAUGUGACCCUAAUAUGGACCACAGAGGCUAUCCCUAAUGACUAGAUCCAUCCAGGUUGACCUUGUGUCUUCAGAGGGAAACUGCUGACACUGCUGAGGACCCAAAAACCUUUAUAUUUAUUGUUAAUGGAGUGAAGGAUGUCUAAGCACCCUUAAUCACUUCCUUUACCGUAGACAAGGGCUCCACUCAUGGGGAAUGUGCUUUUGUUAUAGCUGCACAUCAUUCAAGAAGACUAAAAUUGACUUUGCUUUGGAUUGUAACUUUUGGCAGAGCCUGCCAUGGAUUAUAACCUUUAGCAGAGUCUCAUCAUCCAAAUGUAGUUUUGAUGAACAGAAUCUCAAUAUCCAGAUGUAGUUCUACCACUGAAGUUUCCUUAAUUGUGUAGAAAGGUAAUUUCCAUAUUAAGUAUUUCACGGACCAAUUGUACCACUUCAGCAAGGUAGCUUCAUCCUGUAAGGUGGAGGCUUUCUGAAGGUUUUUCACUCGAGUCUCACUUCCAAGACCUUAUCCUAAUAAGAGUCAAAGCUAGCCCUUAGAAUUUUCAUAAUUCAAAAACUAAUCUCUGCAAUCAUGAUGGCACCUGUGAUGACUGGAGGAGGAGCAUCUCGAGGCAUGUUUACAUAUGUAAACAUGUGGCUUCGUUCUUUGCUUCUAUUACAGGGGAAGGUUUUAAUUCACAAAGGAUUGUUCUAUUCACCUGAGACCAAAAAUAAUACUUUAUUUAGGGAAAUAAAUGCCAGCUUCUGUCAUCAAUGGAACUGAAGGAGCCUGUAUGGUUGAGUGACUAGGUUUUGACUGUGGAACAGGAUAACCAACUGGAGGAAUAGAUUUAGAAGCUGGAUUUGGUAGGCAUACAGAACUGUGGACAGGGAGGCAGAAUCCUCGACUGGUAAAAGUGGCCAUGAGUAAUUACGUACACACUUCAUUAAAAGAAUUAAAAUCAGUUAUCAAAAUAGCAAGCUAUCCAUAUAAAAGAAACAGAAACCAAAUGAACUAAGAGUAGUAAAAUGUAUUGCACAUUAGGUAUGAAAAUUAAUAAAAAGUAGAUAAAUGCAUUGAAAGAUGAUAUCAUAUGACACACACUAUGCAGUACAAAAAAAGCUCAACAAAAUGCUUUGAAAGGUAAACACUUAAAAUUGAAUAAAGUAGUGAAACCCAAUGAUAAUGAAAAGGCAAAGCAUAGCAGUUAUCCAGGGACAAUUGAAAACAAAAAUAAUGAUGCUGAAGUAGUCACACAAGAAAGUGAGAGAGUAGCAGAUAAUUAAGAGUAUUGAUCAUGCACGGCAGGAAUUUAUUUUGAUUUGGAAGGAUGCAUUUGUUGCGACUAGGAUUUAAAAUUCAUGGCAUUUGGGUAAUACAUGAUUAGGGUGGGGUGAAACAACUAGUUGUAACCAAUAGCAAAUAAUCAAAAGCCAUCCAUGGUUAUGUAUUUUGUGAGAAAUCAUCUUUAUUUAACACAGUAAGGUCAUUUACAGCCAUUGAGCAGAAUACUUUCUACAGGAAAGCAUAAGAUUAAAGUAAUUUGGCUAUUAAAUAUUCUAAAAUAUAUUAUUACAGUAUGUUAUGCACAACAAAACCAAGAAACAGCUCAAAGGUAAAAUAAUUGUAUCUUAGUGAUAGGCUUUCAUCCUCUGUGAGAUUGAUAAGAAGGGUAAUCAAUACCAAUAUUGCAUGUUUUCUCCCAGCAGUUAGUAGUGAGAAGUAAUGCUGGAAAUAUUAGGGCACUGUUCUCUAACAGGAAUAACUUUUUUUUUAUAAAUAAUUACUUUGGGUUUAUUUAUAAGAUAUUUAUAUCAUAUGUUUUAGGCAGUAGUAUCUAUGAACGACAGUGUGGUACCAUAAGUGCUGAAUUUUUUUGUAGUCCAGUGUCCAUGGUCCAACCAAUAUAGGCUUGCACCAAACUUUUCUGCUAGGGUAACUUCAGUUAUGAAACUUUUGAAAAGUGAUUCCGUGGCCUCCUUACACUGCUUUAAUAAUGGUAGGAGUAAGGUUUCAUAGAUUCAUUAUGGUAAUAUAUAUUAUUAAAUGUAAGAUCAAGCAUAUUUCAAGUAUCUUGAACUCCUGCCACAAGUUCCAUGCACUCAAAAUAUUUAUAGCACAAAGCCAUCCAUUAGAUUUUCAGAACUUAGAAAUUUGGACGUUUGUUAUGAACUAUAUAUACUAGUAUAUGAAAGUUACAUUAAAAGUAAGCAGACCUUCAGGUGGAGAAUUAGUGUUUUAACAAAAUCAGGGCACUGAAAUGGAUAUAGAUUAGGUUUGGCUUUUUAUUUUUAGUUUAUUACUAUUAUUACAAAAUGUGCAGCAUAAAUUUAUUUUUGUAUCUUAUUUUAUUAGUAUUAAAAGCUAAGCUGCAACCAUAGAUGGAACAGGAGAAUGCAACAAGCACAAGGGGCCCAAUUGGGAAAGCAGUUCAUUACCAAGAAAGCAAACUAAGAAUAAAGUAAGAAAGAGAAAAAAAACAGGAGUAAACAACAGGAAGAUAAAUAACAAUGUAAAAUAAAUGGGAGAAAUAUACCAAAUUUUAAAAAGGGAGUUGUAUAUUUCCUGGCUAUACAAACUAGAGGCUAUUAUGAUAGGAGAUAUUUUUCAGCAUGAACUGGGGCAAUUUUAGAACUCCACAUUUUCUUUGACUGCAGGGACUAAGCAGGGGAGUUGAGAUGGGGCUUACCAUAUAAAAUGCUAUGCUUUGUGUACCAAGGAAAUUUAUUUAUUUAUUUAUUUUUUUGCUCAUGCAGUAAUACAAACAAUUGCCUCUUGUAACAGGAGACUUACCCAUUAGGUGGGAAGUAAACCCUGUCAACUGACUUUAGAAAGGUCAUGCUCCCAGUUGCACAUGCAAUAAGGGGAUGUCAGGACUCACUUAACUUCUCAGUUUGGUGAGAAGGUUGAACAUAGUAGUCAGCCCUAGGCCAGAGUACCCUUUAUUAUGAGACUACUGAAUCGUGUGAAGGGGCAAAGAAAACGAAGCUAGUGUAUAGUUAGUUUGGUCAAGGGUAUUUCUCUACUCAUCCUCCCUUAUACUACCAGUUAACUAAAUCGUUACCAAGUUCUAUGGCCAUCCCAGCUCGCACUGAAUGAUGUCUCCAAUUAUAAAAGGUGAUGGUUUGCAUUCCCUUUGGAGCAAAUCAAUAAACUAUGGACACAGGCUUAACAAAAGAGCAUUUGCACUAAGAGAAACUUUUAUGAGUUGCUGAUAACGAGAACGCACGUAGUACUUUUAGUUAUUGAACUGAUAACGGAACCUCUUUCCUUGAGUUCAGAAAGGUUGGGCGGUCUUUGACCAGCUUUCACCUAAUAUGCGCAUACGUUACCAGAUUUCGCAGAUUCCUUGCUUUACAAUCUGAUUUUUUAACCAGUUCCAGUUAGGUGCUUUUAAAUUUUCUUAUUGUUAAGACCUCAGGUUUGUUAGCUAUGGAAAAUACAUUUUGUUUUUUAAAAAUUUGUCAUGUUAGCCCCCUAUGCACCUGCACAGAAGGCUCAUCAACAGUACAGUGAACCCUCAUGCACAUGGGCCAUUCACCUGUAUCUGUAUGCACACACUGGCAUAAUGUUUAGUCCCUUCAGUUCUGGAACCUCGGUCUCUUCCGCCCAACAUUUCUGAAUUAUACACACACCAACCUAUCAUAUUAUUAUACUGCAUAAUUAUUCAUGACCUAAACCUUUAGAAACACUCAAGAUACUUUCACAUAAGCUAGUCUACACCAUAUUUCCACAUGUACACACUAUUAGUCUUUAAUACUCUCCAUCUUUUUCAAUUAACCCAAUCAUGUUUUUUAAAAAAUUAUAAAUUAAUAAACGAACUUAAAUUAUUAUUACUUAAUACCCUGUGAGAACUAAAUUGAUUAGCUCUGUUGUUAUAAUUAACUACUUAAUAUAUAAAGUGUUCAUUUUAUUUGCAAUAUUGAAGGGAAACAUAUUGACUCUUAUGUUAGUGUAUGAGAUACACGAAUGUAAAUUUUGAAGUCUCCAAACUUUUUUUGCAUUGCAAUUGGAAAUUCAUCAAUUUUCAUUAGCUUGAACUUGCUUUUCACUUGUCUUUAAUGUUAUGCAUAUCACUCAGAUUAAAACAAAAUGCUCAAUUAUAAAAAUUUCAUAAGGUCAUAUGGAAAUAUACAACCAGCAUUAGUAAUUUUUCUCUUGACUUGAUUUUCACUUCUAACAGCACUUACAUUUGUAACCAUGACCUGUAAAAUAUUAACUGUUGCAGAUAUAUACAGUUGGAAUGUGUCAUAAGUAUUAUUGCUAUACUCUAUAUAGAUUUAUUACUCUUGAAGGCUCAUUCAUGAGAGCUGUUAUUCAUUUUUAUAUUAUAUAAUUUUUUAAAGAAAUGUGUGUCAGGUUAGUCAUCCAGAUCUUUAUUCAUUGAUUUCCAGUGACAUUAUACCAAAGGUGUAACUAACAAAAUUGUUAUAUACAUAUAUAUUGAUAUAUAUAUAUAUUUUAAGAUUUAGGAACUUUGUGGUUUCCAUAUAAAUCAUUCCUUUUUAUAGAUCAUUACCAGUGUUUGUACUUUGGUGUUUCUAAUGUUAAUAUCAAAAAUUUUAAUAUUUCCCAUUUCCUAGUCAAAACUUAAAUUUUUGUUUCCUUCUUAGAAAAGGUGUUAUUUAUAUAUUACUUAUUGUCUUGUAAAUUUCUUUGUAUUCCUCUGGUUUUUUUAAACGUAAAGCAGAUACUAUUUGGAUUUGAUUAUAGUUAAAUGAUUUAAGGCUUUUUAGUGAAAUAAAAAUUAAUGUGGUGUUCUAAGACCUACCAAAAGCCAAUGAAGGAGAAUGUUAAUGGAUACAAUGUAUGUAUUUUUUACUUAGUCCACAUAUUAUUUACUUUUGUAUUGAUUCCACAAUUAUUUUAGACAUUCGAAGGUGGAAUCAGUAGAGUUAUCUUUGUGGUCAAUUUUAUGUAUAUUUUGGUAAGGUAAUUUUAAGCAACCAAAGAAUUUUGGAUCUGCCAGGCAACAAAAUUACCAAUUUUCCAGAGAUUUAUAGCAUUCACAUGUAUAUUAAGUAAUUGGAAAUUCAAUGCCAUUUUGUAGUGCUGUAAAAAUGUAAAUUCCACUAAAGAAUAAUUUGUUGAUUUUUGUAUUUACAUUUACAUUAUAUUUCAGACUACUAAA